UAUAACCUUGACCUUCACUGUGCCUGUUUACUGGCUUGCAUCUUUUUUGAAAGUCUGCAAAAAACCAACAACUUAGAAAUCGCAUCAUGCUUUAAUUAAUUAAUUAAAUUAGCCAUGGAUGAAUACGAAGCACAAUUGCUCGUUGUGGAGCAGGCGUUGGAGAAUGCCACGGAUGAGCCGCAACGCCAGGAACUUUUGGCCCUGAAGACGAAUCUGCAGGAGCUGCUGGCUCUCACCCGGGAGUCAGAAGAUGUACCACCACCAACCGAUGAAGUACCUCAGCAGGUUGACCACCUGGACGAUGAGCUGGAGCGGCUGAGAAGCGAACUCAAUGACCUGGAAGAGGCGGUGUCCACACAAACAGCGGCGGAGGAGGAGCAGCAGCUGGCGGAAUUGCGGGCCAAGUACACAGCCAUGGUGGGCGAGAAGUGCUCCGCACCGCACGAGCACAGUUGGGGCACCUGCUACCACAAUGCCCUCAUCUGCGGAGUGGACGACGAGGUGGUCAUCAACAGCGAUGGCGUCUUGGACGCUCGACUAAGGGUGCUCUAUACGAACCCCACGCAUCGAGAAAUGUUGCCUUGUUCCUACUACCUCGAGGGAGAGUGCCGCUUUGAUGAGACGAGGUGUCGCUUCUCCCAUGGCGCCCUGGUGCCCGGUAGCUCCAUUAGAAAAUACAAUCCACCCGAUUUCCACAAACUGGCUCGCAGACGUCCAGUCUUUGCCCUGCUCCCAGAUCGCUUGUGGCACCGCGGGCGUGUCCUUUGUGUCAAUUUCGUUGAGCAAGUGUGCCGCGUGCGCUUAGAUGGCCAGGAUCACAAGGAGCGGGAACGAGACUUUAAGUUCGAAGAGCUAUAUCCACUGACCACCGAUCAGGAUGAGGAUGACGAGCUCUCUAGCGACGACAGCAACUCUAGUUUGAACGACGAUAGCAGUGAUGAUGGCGACUCGGAAAUGGAUGAUCUGGAGGAAGCCAGGAGAGCCCGCAUGGUGGAGUUGAGUUUGUUUACCUUCAAGCCGACGGAACGGCUGGGCGCCUGGGAGGAGUUUACAAGGGGCAUCGGCUCCAAGCUCAUGGAGAAAAUGGGCUACAUCCAUGGCACGGGUCUUGGCUCGGAUGGCAGAGGCAUUGUAACCCCUGUGAGCGCCCAGAUACUUCCCCAAGGUCGAUCCUUGGACGCCUGCAUGGAGCUGCGGGAGGCCGCCAAUGGGGACAAGGACUAUUUCAGCGUGGAGCGAAAGCUGAAGCGUGCCCAGCGUCGUCAGCGAAAGGCGGAUGAGAAGGCCUACGUCCGGGAGACUCAACGCACGGAUGUUUUCACAUUUCUAAACGCCAGUGUCCUGGGUCCUGGGGAGAACAGCCAGCAGGGCGAGCAGGUGGCCAAGAAGGCCAAGACCAACGAACUCCAGCAGCACUCAACGAAAACCCUUAACGUAGAAACUGUAAGAGUAGCUGAUGAAAUCCGCCGAAAGCAGCGGGACAUGGCCAAGGUGAAACAGUCCCUGGACCGGAAUUCUGGAGAUGCACAGCUCCAGAAACGAUUGCAAGUGCAGCUGCAAAACCACAAACAGGAAUUGGACACGCUGAAGGCCCAGGAACGCAGCCUCAGCAAGGAACAGCAAACGCGCAAUAGCAAGAAUAAAAUGUUUGAAUUUUAAAA